AGCACCGUAAAAACGGAUUUUUGCACAGCGAGCGGCCGCGGCCAUGGGCAAUCUCACAGGAAGAUCAUCCGGGGACAUCUCCUUGGAUGAGUUGCAGAAGCACAACACCAAGGAAGAUGCCUGGAUGGUGCUGUUCGGGGAGGUCAUGGAUGUGACCAAGUUCCUCCCAAUUCAUCCUGGGGGCGAAGAUACCAUCGACAGGUACCUGGGGCAGGAUGCGACCGAGGCGUGGGUGGAAAUCCACACGCCCGAAUCUCUGGAGAAGAAUCUGCAGCACAUCACCAAGCUUGGAAAGCUGGAGGCGCGCCGCGGCUUGAUGACUUGGCUGUUUGAAAAGCUCUCCGGGAAGCCUGCGCAAUCCAGUACAGGGCCUCCGGCGCCGCAAGAGGACGAGGAAGAGGAGGAGGAUGACAAAGGUCUUCAGUUUACCCCGGCCUUCGAGGAGGAGCUGAAGGCGAUGAAUGGCGCCUUCACACUGGAGAGCUUGCGGCGCUGGAAUGGCGUGGAGCUCCCAAUGCUCAUCAGUGUUUGCGGCACGGUGGUGGAUGUCUCGAUCAGCGAUAACUUUGUGCCGAGCUUUGGGUAUGGCAAGCUGUGGUCCGGCAAGGAUUGCACCUGGGCGAUGGCCACGGUCUCCUUGAAGGCGGAUGACGCCAACCGCUUCGACUUCAAUCUCGAGGAGAUGGAGGAGAUGCAGUUCAAGUCGCUGGCCGGCUGGUACAAGCAUUUCACCGAGAAGUACCGAACGGUGGGCCAGCUGGAGGAGUUCAAGGAUUGGGACUUCAGCAAGGUGAAGCAGACGGCACAGGAGAUGCAGAAGGCAGGCUCUUUUGCCUGACCCGCUCCCCGUAUUCGGGAGCGCGGGCUGAGCCAAUUGAGCCAACGUCAAAACCUAUUCG